CUUCCGUUUUUUGGGACUGCAAUAAAAAUAGAGAAGGAAGAGCAAAGCAACCUGAGUAAUGGGUUUGAGUUUAGUUGUCCUUUAAGCGUUAAACCAACAGCAGGAGUGUAAAUGUGUAGUUUUUCCUUCAUGGAGCAGAAGGAAGGCGGAUCGGCCAAAGUAACAACCAAAGUGUUCACCUUUGAGGACAAAAACACCAAGGAGAGUCUUACCGUCUCCAUACCUGAGGUUCUGGACCCACAGUAUGGGAUGUAUGUGUGGCCCUGCGCUGUGGUUAUGGCCCAGUAUCUGUGGACCCACAGGGACGACCUGACAGGCAGGACGGUACUGGAGCUGGGUGCAGGUGUGAGUCUGCCAGGUGUACUGGCGGCACUGUGUGGUGCUCAGGUGAUUCUAACUGACAGCCUGGACAAACCCUUGUGUCUGGAGAACUGCAAGCGGAGCUGUGACACCAACGGCCUGCAGAACAUCACCGUGUUAGGCCUCAGCUGGGGGGAGGUGUCACCAGACCUCCUGCUGCUUCCGAAGCUGGACAUCAUCCUUGGUUCAGACGUCUUCUACGAUCCUGUAGACUUCGAAGACAUUCUGGUGACGUUUGUUUGUCUGCUGAGGAAAAACCCAAAAGCCCAGUUCUGGACAACAUACCAAGUGAGAUGCGCUGACUGGUCUAUCGAGGUGCUGCUCCGCAGGUGGAACCUGAACUGUGUUGAAGUCCCGCUGUCCCAGUUUGAUGCAGAUGAGUUUGAGCUGGCCGGGUCCAAUCUGCCAGGCAGCCACAGCAUUCAGAUGCUGAUAAUCACCCAGAAGGAGGAGUCUGAUGGAGCUACUGGUGGGCUUGAGCGGUCCAUCAACCCUAGCACCUCUGAUUAGUUGUUUCAGAUGGUUCCCUGAACAGGACGUGAGCUGCUGCUUUGACUGGAACCGCUCAGGUUUUGAGUACCAGUGAAUACUGAUGUCCUUCCUGAGGUUUCAGGUCUCAUUUAAGCAUCAGACAUAUUGGACCUGAUUCCAGUCUGGAAUUAGGAUAUAUUUAUUUACUCAUUUAUAUAAUUUUGACUGAAUUUUACUUUGUGUCCUGGUCAAAGAAGAUAAAUUUAUUGUCUGGAAUAGUCUAAACUAAACCAAUCAGUCUGACUCCUCUUGUGUUGUUUCUAAGUUUGUGGCUUUUUUUCUGAAGCUUCUGAAUGUAUUUAGUCUCCAUCUGUUUAAAUAAAAACAUUUUCUUCUGUC